AUCCUUAACCGUCUCAUCUCUGCAUUUGAUCUGCCUACUUUGCUGCUGGUUUGAAUUCCUAUAGACAAUGAAUUCCUCUAGUGUUAAUGGCUGGGCAAUGGAAGUUUAAUGAUUUGUCUUAAAUAAAUUCCUGCUUUCACUGUGAAAGUUUCCACUGGUUACCAAAGUAUGGAUGCAGAUUAUUUGUAUAUAAGACAUAAUACUUCUGUUUUAUUGACUUUUGCUGUUUAAAGCUUUGCCGUCCGUCAGGAUCAAGUGAGCUCCUCCUGCUUCCUUUUUUAAACAGUGUCAUUAAUCGCAUAUAAAACAUAGACUUUGUGCUGGAGUGUCUCAGAAGAGCGAGCUGAACUUCAGAGUGAAGUCCAAAAGCCCAGCCGAACAUAGGAUUCUCUUUCUGAUCAUUUUUACACUGUGAAACGGAAAUGUUGACGGUCAAAGCAGUGGAUUCUUCAACGAUUGUCAUCAAGCUUCAACCACCGACACAAACAGCACCGAUUGUGACUGGGACCAGUUCUCCUGUGCCUGUUUACAUACAGCAUGAAGCUGAAGUUUCGCCUCUUCAAGGAAUUCAGGCCUUUCUUAAAGGCCACACAAAAACCCUUGUGAAUGUCCAGAUAAUGAUCGGUGUGUUGACUUUCCUGUUUGGUAUCGUGCUUACAGUCUAUGCAGAGUCCGUCUUUGUCUUCAGUGGCAUUCCUUACUGGGGAUCUCUCAUUUACAUUGCUGCAGGCUCGCUCUCCAUUGCUGCUGAAAACAAACUUGAUUCACCAACCAGUUUGUGUUUGGUGAAAGGCUCUCUUGGAAUGAACAUUUUCAGUGCUGUAACUGCAGCCAUUGCCUUUAUUCUGCUUUCAGUGGAUUUGGGUAAUGGACCUCUCUACAUUUACUGCAGUGGCUAUUAUUGUAAUGAAAUCGAGAGAAAGUAUGUGGAAUCAGUGGUGUGUUGCUGCUGUUCACCAUCCUUGAGUUCUUCAUCUCCAUCUACCUGUCUGGUUUUGCCUCGAAAUUCACCUCCUGCUGUCAUCCUCAGGUGCCAUCUGUUUCCCCAGUUGCAUCUCCACAGCCCAAUUAUUUCCACAACACCUCAGAGAUUCCUGUGGCCAGCAACCCUUUCUAUCAACACCCUCCUGCAGAAUCUCCCCCAGAGUACGCUGAAUGUAAUUAAAUGUGGGUCAAGAUUAAACAAGCGGGCAUAUCCCUGGUCCUGCUGCUUUGGCACUGAUUUUCCUACACUGUAAAAAAAGAUAUUAGUUACUUUAAAAAACUCGAGUAAACACGUUGCCUUAAAAAAACAAGUUGAUUUUACUUUGAAAAAGUCAGUAAACCCAUUGACGUAACGUAAAGGGGCUGGAUGUACGUUUUUCACUGUUCUAAAGCAUAAAAACACCAUAAUAUGUUUGCAGAUAUUUGAGAAUCAUGCCAAGUGGACAUUCCUGUUUAUCCGAAAAACAAUGCUGAAUCAGAUAUUCUGCUUUGAAAGUGUUUUUUCCGUGCUGGAACGGCUGUCUUUGGUUUGGUCAUUUAACCCGCCCAAUGCCACCUUAGCCAAUUAUAUUUCAGCACCCCGGGUUGCCAGAUGGUGGAAAACCGUAUUUCAUUCAUUUAGUCAGGAAGGCUCUCAAAGCAUGCGUCUGUGACCGAAAUGGGAUCUCCGGUGGACAGUAGGAGACUCCAAAACGAGAUGCAGAUUCAGAGUUCCACAUGAGGUUAAUAAUUAGCGAAUAAUAUAAAUUUUACAAACGGAAACAUUGGGUGAGCAGGUUACAUUGUAACCCCGUGUCAUAACAACACACUACUGGCUUUUUACAGUAUAAUGAUUUCCCAGCAUUAUUCAUAUAUAUGCAGAUUUUAUUGUUCAUUGAGUCAAAGAUGGAAGCACAAGUACUCAGCAAGUUAAGUUUCACAAACUAAUUUCGAGAAGAGCAUGUGAUAUGAUCGACUAUAGCCAGGGCUUAAUUUGUGCCGGAACACUCCGGAUCCGGCACCUCUGAAAUCUGUUCCGGCACCUCAUUUUACCAAUCUCCCUCCUUAACCGCCCUCCUCCCCCCGUUCGCUGUUCACUUUCUGCCGCGACUUCCCAACUCUGCACUUUCGUCCACGACACCCCCGCCCGCUCACUAUCAUCGGCAACACCCCUCCAUCCUCGGGUAACAUGCCGGAUUUGUAACCCUAAUUUGUUCUGAGACCUUGCAAUUCACAAAUUAAGCACUGACUACAGCUGAUCCUCGUCGCUAAUCAUUAGCUAGCCUAUCAGAUCAUUCUAAAACUACCAUAAAUAUCCUACCUAAACUUCAUUCCCUAUCUUCGUUUUUGGAAACCCAACCCACUCCCCGCCGGCGCUGCUGUCUCAGUGAAAAGGAGCCAAAGGUUCAAGUUCAAAUUGAGCCAGUCGGCACUCCCUGUGCAGAGUUUGGAUGUUCUCCUCGUGUUCGCAUGGGUUUUCCCCGAGUCCUCCGGUUUCCUAAAAACAUGUACAUAAACGAAUUAUAAUAACAGUCACAACCCAUACAUACUGAAUCAAUCAGAACCACCAUAUUAGCCAAAGUAUAAACGGUGGGCUCUUGAGAAAUACCUCAUCUCGUAUCCCUCCUAAUGCUCAUUGACCAGGCGGGAUCCUUCAGCUCAUCUAUCCCGACCUCGGGGUUCUCUCCUGGGACAGCCUGCCAAACCUACUAAUAUAGUCAAGCAUUAUGUAAGUGUGAACUCUUUAAAAUGAGCUUUUUUGGGGACAACUGUAUUGUUUUAUGUUCAAUCCACUUAAUUUUGUUAACUUAAUCAAUUUGUGUUAGGACAACAUGAAUGAAUUGUGUGGAACCAUGCAUUUUUGAGACUGAGACAUGGAGAUGGAGAUUUAUGUCUGUCCGUUAGGCUGGAAUAAAAAUAUGCAAAAAAUAAACUAAAAAUGCUAAGGUUGAUAUUAUUAGCAUAGUCGUCGCUGUGAGUGUGACAAUAAGUGAGGUUUAUAUAUAUAUAUACAGCCCAGAUUUUUUUCAAUUAAAAUAAUCAUUGUACUGGUUGCUUUGAACAUGUGUAAUAGUUUGAUGCUGUAUAAUCUGUAAGAAUAAACCAUUUUUUUAAACUCUU